GUGAUGGCGGGGCGCGACCGGGCGCGCUGAGGAACGAGCCGGACGGAGAGCGAGGGGAGGAGGGCACCAUGCGCUCUCUGAACAUCACCCCGGAGCAGUUCGCGCAGCUCCUGCGGGACAACAACGUGACGCGUGAGCAGUUCAUCGCCCUGUACGGGCUGCAGCCGCUGGUGUACGUCCCGGAGCUGCCGGGCCGCACCAAGGUGGCCUUCGUCCUUAUCUGCGCGCUCAUCUUCGCCCUGGCGCUUUUCGGCAACUGCUUGGUGCUCUACGUGGUGACCCGCAGCAGGGCCAUGAGGACCGUCACCAACAUCUUCAUCUGCUCCCUGGCGCUCAGCGACCUCCUCAUCGCCUUCUUCUGCGUCCCCUUCACCAUGCUGCAGAACAUCUCCUCCGAGUGGCUGGGCGGUGCCUUCGCUUGCAAGAUGGUACCAUUUGUUCAAUCCACUGCCAUUGUAACUGAGAUUCUUACAAUGACCUGCAUCGCUGUGGAAAGACACCAGGGAAUUGUGCAUCCACUAAAAAUGAAAUGGCAGUACACCAAUAAAAGGGCUUUCACGAUGCUUGGCAUAGUCUGGUUGCUGGCUGUUAUUGUUGGGUCACCUAUGUGGCAUGUGCAACGGCUUGAGGUUAAAUAUGACUUCCUGUAUGAAAAAGUGCACAUCUGUUGCUUGGAAGAAUGGGCCAGUCCAACUUAUCAGAAGAUAUAUACCACUUUUAUACUUGUUAUACUCUUUCUUUUUCCAUUGAUAUUGAUGCUUUUCUUGUACACUAAAAUUGGUUAUGAACUCUGGAUUAAGAAACGAGUGGGAGAUGCUUCAGUUCUUCAAACCAUUCAUGGGAGUGAAAUGUCUAAAAUAUCGAGGAAGAAGAAGCGAGCAAUUGUUAUGAUGGUGACAGUGGUGUUUCUCUUUGCAGUCUGUUGGGCCCCUUUCCACAUUAUUCACAUGAUGAUGGAAUACAGUAACUUUGAACAGCAGUAUGACGAUGUGACAAUCAAAAUGAUCUUUGCAAUCGUUCAAAUCGUGGGAUUCUUCAAUUCUAUUUGCAACCCUAUUGUGUAUGCUUUCAUGAACGAGAACUUCAAGAAAAAUUUUCUAUCUGCCAUUUGCUUCUGCAUUGUCAAAGAAAAUGCAUCACCAACAAGGCAAGUUGGGAACUCAGGGAUUACUAUGAGACGGCAAAAGGCAAGUGAUUCUCAGAGAGUUCCCACUGACUCGGAUGAGGCUAGGAGAGAGGCAUUCAGUGAUGGCAACAUUGAAGUGAAGUUCUGUGAUCAACCGUCUUCAAAAAGAAAUUUGAAAAGGCACCUCACUUUAUUCAGCUCUGAGCUUCCUGUGCAUUCUGCAAGCGUACAGUAGCAUCACAAAGGCUUUGAGAAUGGAAUAAAAUAUUCUCUUUAUGAAACAUUGAACAAGCCAUUUAAAAUAGUUUUCUAAUUUGAAUGCUGAAAAUGAAAGGGGGAAAAUAUUUUGAUUAUAGUAAUGUUGGAAUAGUAGUUCAGAAAAUGUAAUAUAUUUUAUAAGGAUGGAGAAUAAAACUUUGGAAAAAUGUUACUGUGUGAUUUCAAGGAAAAUAUUUUUCUUUCUAAGCUAAUUUAGGGCUUGCCUUGCUCUUUGCUUUAAGUAGAACAAAAACCAAUUGCUUGCCAGUUUAUUCUGUCCAGAUGUUGGCACACUGCUGGACUAUAUUCAGGUGAAUGCCAGAAGAGAAGCACUAUGGAGAGUGUGCACACUUCCUUUGGACAGCUUGGGAAGCUCACAUGGGUCUAACAUUGCCUGCAUGAUCUACUGUCUGUGUAGCUCUGAGGACCGAGAGACUUCAGAUCUGAGUUCAGAGAAAAUGUAGACUGAGAUGAAAUUCGGUUUGCAGAGACAGAGAGAGACAGACAGAGACAGAGAGAGAGAGAGAAUCAGCAAUAAUUUGGUUGUGAUGAGAUUUAGAUGCAUUUGUGUGUGAAUGUUAUUAACAGGAAACAUAUUAGAAAUUAACAAUGCAUGCAUAACUAAUGUGCUGUUUUUACAGGUUAUUUAGUGGGUACAAAAUUAAAUGCCAGUGUACUGCCCUGUAAAAUGCAUUAUUCCUGCUGAAAAAUGUGGAACUUUAAAGUGCCGUACAAAUCAAGGGUCUACAGAAGAGUGAUCUGUAGAUAAACUCAGUGUUUACUCUUAGUCAUGCUUUGACAAAUAGCUUAUGGGUUGGAAUUGUUGCCACUUCCUGGAGGUACAUAAGGGCCAGUCCCAGAACUUGUUGGACUCUAGAUAAGACUUUCAGUUGAGUAUUAUUGUCUUUUGACUAGAUGCUUAGCUGAAGAUUUGCACGAACUGUGUCCAUCUUCUAAGUGUGCUAAUCACUGUGGAAGAACAGGGCUGGUAUUACAGAAUUGAAAUCCAUAUAAAUUAUUAAACAAAAACAAAGGAAAAGCAACAACAACCCUCCCCCCCAAAACAAACAAACCAAAACAAGAACAACAAAAAGCAAAAACAAAAAAACCCCACCAAGCUUGCUAUCACUGGGUCAAAGCUGAGAGACUGGAAAAUCAAAGGUUUCUUGUGAACAUGGGAAUGGAGAAAGAGUGUGAUCUAGUAUGGUAUACUGUGAUCUGAUCCCAUAAAUGAUGCUUUGAAAUAUAUAAUUUGCAGCUCCAGAUGAGAUUAGGCUGGAUCCUUUAAUAGCCUGUGAGAUAUGGGUGCUUUUUUUGUUAUCUUUCACUUUCUAUAAUAGACCUUGGUGUUCCCUUGAUGGUGACCUUUAAGUUUCUUCGAUAUUGCUGCUUAUGUUUUGUUGUCAAAUAAGAUUUAAAUUAUUCAUGAAUAAAUUGGAACUAAACUGAUACUUACCUAAUAUUUACAAAUACUUGGAUAAUUUAUUCUGAUGCUGGUUUAUGAUGUACUCAUUAUUUAAUUUUCUAUUUAUUAUUAUUUUUACUGUAUAUGACAUAAUUUAUUAUACUUAUAGAGGAAGAUUCCCAGCUUGACCUGGCAGCCAGGAAUUAAGAGCACUCUUAGUCAAUCUAGUUUAUGUAUUAGAUAAAACGCUGAUUUCAGAGAGCUAUGUCUGGCUAAAACAGAAUGAGUGAAGUCAGUUACUGUUUUAGUCAUACAAAGGUGCCCUUUUGCAUUACCUUUGAAUAAUGCUGGCAAACAGCUGCAGCAGUUUUUGCCUGCGAUUGCAGCUGUGAUUGCCUUUGCUUUUCUGUCUUAGUUUGUCUUUCUGGAAACAGGUCUGUAGUUAAGUUCCCUGCCCUGAAGAAAAGGGCCUCAGAAAGGUCAAUUAUGACAGCUUUCCUCAGAUGACACAGUUUAUCCGGCUGAUGUAACCAUAUGGCUUGACAGAUCUGUAAAAAGCACUUUAUUUUAAGCUUUUUUGUACUGCUAAUUUUAGUAACAUACUUCAGCAAAGGUGAUAGCUUUUUAAAAAAGCUUCCAAACGUUGUAUGUGUUUUUGUCUUACCUGCUUGUUGUCUCAUAAAAGUUAUGUCCACAAGUGACUGUAUUAACUUUUUUCAUUAAAAUUGCAUUUUGACA